GCGGUAGCAGCGGGAGACGGCGACAGCAAGGUCGGCGCUAGUUGGUUCGUUCGCUCUGUUGCUUCGUCACCAGGCGCCGCUAUGUGACAGACGCCCGAGGCAGUCAGGUUCGGUGGCCAGGCUGCCAACAGCCGGGCCGAGCCGGCGGGCGACGCAAAGAAGCAGUGGCGGCAGCGGAGCCUUCGGGGCGGCGGGAGGCAGGCGGUUAUCCAACAGGACAGGAAGGAGGCGGCCAUGGCUAUGGCCGGCGUCGGUGCCGAGCCGCCACCGCCGCCGCCCCUACCGCCUUCGGCAGUACAGAAGGAACUGAUGUACAAUAAGCUGCUGCCCUACGGCGACAAGCUGGAAGCCGAGGCCAGCUACCUCCUUGCCCAGAUCAAACUGAACCUCAGCCGGGCUGUUCAGCUUCAGGAGCUUUGGCCCGGCGGCCUCUUCUGGACGAGAAAGCUUUCCACGUAUCUCCGGCUCUAUGGGAGAAAGUUUAGUAAAGAAGAUCAUGUUCUUUUCAUCAAGCUGUUGUAUGAACUAAUAACUAUUCCAAAAUUGGAGAUCAGCAUGAUGCAAGGUUUUGCUCGACUUCUGAUAAACUUGCUGAAAAAAAAAGAACUUCUGUCAAGGGAUGAUUUAGAAUUGCCCUGGAGACCACUUUAUGAAAUGCUGGAACGUAUAUUGUAUUCUAAGACAGAACAUCUUGGAUUAAAUUGGUUUCCAAACUCAGUAGAAAGUGUUUUGAAAACCCUUGUGAAAAAUUGUCGACUUUAUUUCUCAGAAAAUGCCACAGCAGAGAUGUUAGAUGAAUGGCGGCCAUUAAUGUGCCCUUUUGAUGUUACCAUGCAAAAAGCUAUCACUUAUUUUGAACUGUUUCUGCCUACCACUCUUCCUCCAGAUUUCCAUCACAAAGGUUUUAGGCUCUGGAUUGAUGAAUUUCUAGGCCUUUGGGUUUCAGUUCAAAAUCUUCCACAAUGGGAAGGGCAUCUAGUCAACCUUUUUGCACGUUUGGCCACUGAUAACAUAGGCUACAUCGACUGGGAUCCCUAUAUUCCAAAGAUAUUUACUAGAAUACUGCGUAGCUUGAAUCUUCCAGUGGGAAGCAAUCAGGUGUUGGUUCCACGAUUCCUAACAAAUGCUUAUGACAUAGGGCAUGCAGUUAUGUGGAUCACAGCUAUGAUGGGUGGACCAAGCAAGCUUGUACAAAAACAUUUGGCUGGGUUAUUCAAAAGUAUUGCAUCUUUCUACCAUCCUUCAAAUAAUGGCCGCUGGUUGAAUAAGCUAAUGAAGCUACUUCAGCGUCUACCCAGUAGUCUAGUCAGAAGACUGCAUCGUGAGCGCUAUAAGAAGAAGAGCUGGCUAACCCCUGUGCCUGAUAGCCAUAAGCUUACUGACCAGGACAUAACAGAAUUUGUAGAAUGCGUUAUACAACCUGUCCUGCUGGCUAUGUUUAGCAAAACUGGAAGUCUAGAGGCAGCCCAAGCUCUGCAGAAUCUUGCAUUAAUGUGUCCUGAGUUGGUAAUCCCACCAGUACUUGAAAAAACAUACCCUGCACUAGAGACGUUAACAGAACCUCAUCAGCUCACAGCUACAUUAAGUUGUGUAAUUGGUGUAGCUCGUAGCCUGGUAUCUGGGGGCAAGUCAUUUCCUGAAGGUCCAACACACAUGUUGCCUCUGUUGAUGAGAGCAUUGCCUGGUGUGGAUCCAAAUGACUUUAGCAAAUGCAUGAUCACAUUCCAGUUCAUUGCAACGUUUUCUACUCUCGUGCCUUUAGUGGAUUGUUCAUCAGUACUACAAGAGAGAAAUGAUCUCACAGAGGUGGAGAGAGAAUUGUGCUCUGCUACUGCUGAAUUUGAAGAUUUUGUACUGCAGUUUAUGGACAGAUGUUUCGGACUCAUAGAAAGCAGCACAUUGGAGCAAACAAGAGAGGAGACUGAAACAGAAAAGAUGACUCAUUUAGAGAGCUUAGUGGAACUAGGCCUAUCUUCUACAUUCAGCACAAUCCUCACACAGUGUUCAAAAGAGAUAUUUAAGGUUGCCUUGGAGAAGGUUUUCAAUUUUGCUGUUUCAAAUAUUUUUGAGACAAGAGUGGCUGGUCGAAUGGUGGCUGACAUGUGCCGAGCUGCUGUGAAAUGCUGUCCGGAGAAGUCUUUGAAACUUUUUGUACCCCAUUGCUGCAGUGUUAUAACGCAUCUUACUCUCAAUGAUGAUGUCUUGCAUGAUGAAGAGUUAGAUAAAGAACUCCUUUGGGAUCUUCAGCUAUUAUCAGAGAUCACUCGUGUGGAUGGGAAGAAGUUGCUGCCAUACAGGGAGCAGCUUUUGAAGAUUCUACAACGAACCCUCCAUUUAACCUGUAAGCAGGGUUACAUUCUGUCUUGUAACCUACUGCACCAUCUUCUUCGUUCUACUACACUUAUCUACCCCACAGAAUACUGCAGUGUGCCAGGUGGUUUUGACAAGCCUCUUUCUGAAUACUUUCCUAUCAAGGACUGGGGUAAACCUGGUGAUCUACAGAAACUUGAUAUUCAAUGGCAUGUUCCUUCAGAUGAAGAAGUUACUUUUUCUUUUGAAUUGUUGGAUUCUUUUCUCCAGCCAGAGCUUGACAAACUAGAGCGCUAUGCAGAUGGAGUUCUUGAAAUGUCCAGAGAUGAUGUUCAACAGUGUCUUACUAUAGUACACAAUUGCCUUAUUGGAUCAGGAAACAUGCUGCCUCCUCUGAAAGGAGAAAAAGUGUCUCACAUGGUUCCAAGUCUAGUGUCAUUAGAAGAGAUCAAACUUUAUACCGGUGUUGAAUAUGAUUUGUCAAGAGAGAAUUACAGGGAAAGAAUCUGCCAAGUCACAAGAAAACUCCUACAUUUUGUACUUGACAACUCGGAGGAUGAUACUAAGUCUUUGUUCCUAAUCAUUAAGAUCAUUGGGGACCUCUUACAUUUCCAAGGUUCGCACAAGCAUGAGUUUGAUUCACGGUGGAAAAGUUUUAACUUGGUGAAGAAAUCAAUGGAGAAUAGGCUUCAAGGCAAGAAACAGCAUAUUAGAGCACUGCUCAUUGACAGAGUCAUGUUACAGCAUGAGCUAAGAACACUCACUGUUGAAGGCUGUGAAUAUAAAAAAGUACAUCAGAAGUUGCUCAGGGACCUUCUUCGUUUGUCUACAAGUUCAUAUGGCCAGGUCAGGAACAAAGCUCAACAGGCCUUCUUCACAGCCUUGGGGACUUACAACUUCUGUUGCAGGGACAUCAUUCCUUCGGUUUUGGAGUUUUUGAGGCCAGAUGGAUACAGUGUCACCCAGCAACAGUUUAAAGGUGCCUUGUAUUGCCUUCUUGGAAAUCAUAGUGGAGUUUGUCUGGCAAAUCUUCAUGAUUGGGACUGCAUUGUCCAAACCUGGCCUGCAAUUGUCUCUUCUGGACUUAGCAAAGCAAUGUCUCUGGAAAAGCCAUCCAUAGUUAGACUCUUUGAUGACCUUGCAGAGAAAAUCUAUCGGCAGUAUGAAACAAUUGGACUGGAUUUUACCGUUCCAGAGACAUGUAUUGAAGUUGCUGUCCUCAUGCAGAAGUCAGUGGGUCAGAACAGCGAAUGUACAAGCCUUACUUCAGAAGAGAUUCAGCUAGGAAUUCAGCGGCAGAAAGAAAGGAAUGCCGAGUCCUCUAAAAAUUAUGAAAAUUUGAUAAAUAAGCUGCUAGAUUGUGUGAAUCAAAGAAAUCUCCCUUGGAAGUUUGAGCACAUUGGCAUUGGUUUUCUCUCCCUACUCUUAAGGGAUGACAGAGUGCUACCUGUGAGAGCCGUAAAUUUUUUUGUGGAAUGUCUCAACCAUGAUGCCUUGGUGGUUCGCAAGAUGGCAAUCCCUGCUGUGACUGGCAUCCUUAAGCAAUUGAAAAGGCCCCACAAAAAGGUGCCCAUCUGUCCUUUUCAAAUCAGUGGAGCUCCACGGCCUUCUAAUAUCCAGGCAGGUGACAGACCUGACAACCAAUGGCUGCAUUAUGAGAGUGCCAGUUUACCAAAGACUAAACAAGCUUGGGAGGCCUGCCAUUUUGUGGAAAAAACACAUUGGGGAUACUACACGUGGCCUCAAAAUAUGGAAAUCUAUGCUUCUGCAGAAGAGCAACCAAAACUUGGGAGGAGUAGAAAGGAACUUUCAGAGGCAGAGCAAGUCAUUUAUGAUCAUUUUUCUGAUCCUAAUUUUGUUGAGCAGUUAAUCAAGUUUCUUUCUUUAGAAGACAGAAAAGGAAAAGAUAAAUUUAAUCCUCGUAGAUUUUGCCUCUUCAAGGGUCUGUUUAGAAACUUUGAUGAUAUCUUCUUGCCUGUAUUGAAACCACACUUAGAACGUCUUGCUGAAGAUUCCCAUGAAAGUCCUCAACGCUGUGUUGCUGAAAUUAUAGCUGGUUUGAUAAGAGGGUCUAAACACUGGACAUUUGAAAAGGUGGAGAACCUCUGGAAAGUUCUAUGUCCACUUCUUAGAACAGCUUUAUCCAAUAUUACAGUAGAGACUUACAAUGACUGGGGGACAUGUAUAGCGACAUCAUGUGAGAGCAGGGAUCCCAGGAAGUUGCACUGGUUAUUUGAAUUGUUGUUGGAGUCUCCAUUGAAUGGUGAAGGAGGAUCGUUUGUUGAUGCAUGUCGUCUGUACGUAUUGCAAGGAGGCCUUGCACAACAAGAAUGGCGAGUGCCAGAGCUGCUGCACAGAUUGCUGAAAUAUCUAGAGCCUAAGCUCACCCAAGUUUAUAAAAACGUCAGAGAGAGGAUAGGAAGUGUUUUGACAUACGUCUUCAUGAUAGAUAUUGCUUUACCAAAUACUGCUCUAACAAAGUCUCCCCGUGUCCAUGACUUCACUUCUCGAAUACUUGAAAAACUCAAACCCCUUAUGGAAGUGGAUGAAGAAAUUCAGAAUCAUGUUAUGGAAGAAAAUGGAGUUGGAGAUGAAGAUGAACGAACUCAGGGCAUUAAACUACUGAAAACUAUUCUGAAGUGGUUGAUGGCAAGUGCAGGGAGAGCCUUUUCCACAGCUGUUACAGAACAGCUUCAGCUUUUGCCACUGUUUUUCAAGAUUGCACCUGUAGAAAAUGAUCAUAGCUAUGAUGAAUUGAAGAGAGAUGCUAAGAUGUGCUUAUCGUUAAUGUCUCAGGGAUUGCUAUAUCCCCAACAAGUGCCUUUGGUACUUCAGGUGCUAAAACAAAUAGCAAAGAGUAAUUCCUGGCAUGCUAGAUAUACUGUGCUAACCUACCUCCAGACUAUGGUAUUUUAUAAUCUUUUUAUCUUCUUAAACAAUAAAGAAGCUGUGAACAACAUCAGAUGGCUGGUUAUAAAACUACUAGAAGAUGACCAGCUUGAGGUGAGAGAGAUGGCUGCUACCACUUUGAGUGGUUUGCUUCAGUGCCACUUUCUGGUGAUUGAUGACCCUAUGCAGACUCAUUUUGAGCAGCUCUGUAAAAGGAGACUCCCAAAGAAAAGAAAACGAGACCUCAGUACUGUAGUGGAUACCAUUCCCCCUGCAGAUUUAGUUAAACGCCAUGCUGGUGUGCUUGGACUUAGUGCGUGUAUUUUGUCCAGUCCGUAUGAUGUACCCACAUGGAUGCCACAACUUUUGAUGGAUCUUAGUGCUCAUCUGAAUGAUCCUCAGCCUAUUGAGAUGACAGUAAAAAAAACCUUGUCCAAUUUCCGGAGAACUCACCAUGAUAACUGGCAGGAGCACAAGCAGCAAUUCACUGAUGACCAGCUGCUAUUCCUUACUGAUCUCUUGGUAUCACCAUGCUAUUAUGCAUGAUAGGGUGACACUAUGUUGUAAAUCCUGUACUUUUGGGCUAUCUCGGAACGAUCUUGAUAUCCAGCUUGACAUAGCAAAAUGUCACCUUUCAAACAGUGCCUUGUAAUUUUUAGACACAUUAAAUCAAACCAAUACUGUCUGGCCUUUUCCUUCCUUCAUAUAGGAAUCUCUUUAGAAUUCUUGUUUAAAAAUACAAAAUCAGAAUUUAUUACCCUUUUGGCUUAAAUUGGAGAAAAUAAUUAAAUGCAGAUAGGGAAUGUAUUGAAUAUGGUGUCAAAGACAUUGAGACAUAAUUUUUGCUAGUUUUCCAGUACAUUAUUUUGAAAUCAAUUUGUGUGCAUCUUGGAUUAUCUUUAUCUUAAGUAAUGAUAAAACAGGGUUCAUACCAUAUUUACGUUUUAUGUGAAACUAGUAUUGACAAUAUUUUCACAGCCCUGGAUGGUGUUUGCAUAUGGUAGUAAACAGGCCAUGAUUUGGCAUAAUGAACAACUGCAGUAGAUUUGACUGGCAAUCUGGUUCACUUGUUAUUCCCUUAGUGCAGAGGUUCUCAGAUUGUCAAUUGCAAUCCCACAGGGAUCUCAAGCAACUUGGAAGGGUGGUUACUUUUUUUUUAAAGGCUAGGAAAAAUUAUGGGGAAAGGCCCAGGUAACAUUGGGAGGAUGGCAAAACCUGAGGAUCUAGUCAUCUGUCAAAAGCAUGCAUCAAUCAAAAGAGUUUUAUUUAACAUUGUUUUAACUCAUGAGAGAGUUCAAACAAAUUCAUUUAUCAUUCAAGGGCUCAUGGUGUUGCAGAGUCUGAGAAUUCUUGCCUUAAUGAAUUGCCAUGCGUAAAAUACUUUCACUGAUUUUGAAUCCCAGAGGAGGAAAGAGAAAAGAGCCUCCCAUGGGAUCAGAAACUGGAGAGUGCUUGCUUUCACGAUCUUUGAAUUGAAUAGAGGAGACCUGCUUGCCAUUGUACAGAAUUGGUUUAUAAUCAUGCUAAGAUAUUGUUCAUUGUUUUAGUAAAUAAAUCACAAUUAGUUUGGUUUGUACAGUACAUUAAACCAUAUGCCAUAGUUCAUUAUUUAUUUUUGAGGCUUAUAGGUUGUUCUGGUCAACCAACCACUAGCAUAAAACUCCUGAAAUCUGUAAUUUGGGUAAAACAAAUACGUAAUAGUCAAAAAUUAAAACCAGAAACAUACAGUAGAAACAAUUAUGUGCCCAAGGAAUCAAACAUUCGAAAGAACACUAUUAAAAUAGUUGCUCAUUCAGAGGAAUAAUUGUAAUAACCUUGUCCCCAAAAUACCCAAAACUUCACCAACCUUCUGAAGGAGAGAUUGGUAAUCUUCCUUGGCAACUGGGAAGCAAAAUAAAUAGAUUAUUUUGGUGACAGAUUGCCAUUCCAGAGUCUAUGCUUAAGGGAGGCAGAAUGCCCUUGUUCUUGCUAAACAUAGAUCUGCUUUUGUGAUUGUCAAAUUAUCCCUCUCUUGCAAGGUUUCAGAAAAAUAAGAGACUGCUUCAUUUCUGCAAAAAUAAAGGAAACUCAAAACUUAACUUAUUGUAUAUAGAACCUUUUUGGAUUUGAUAACUCAGAGGUUUAUGGUUGGAAUCUUUUUUAAAAGUGCAUAUAGUAUUUCUCUUGAAGACUAGAUUUCUGUUCUACUGAAGGGAAAAGCUAUGGUAUAGUGACAAGUCUCUGUGUGAAUAGGAUAAUUGUAAUUUUCUUUUUCAUACAUCCAUGCAAGUAUCUUGUACUUUAAGAUAAAUCCUACCUUUUCUUCUGGAAUGGCUAAUACCUCAAUUUCUCUUUUUCCCCACCUUAUAUUCUCCAGACUUAGAUUAUCUCUUAUAUAAAUGGAUUGUUUGAUGGUAUAAGACGAAUAACUGGGCACCUAACCGUGUAAGAUUAUGCAUGCUCAACUCUUCAUAGUACACUUGGAUAUAAGUGUAGGUAGAAAUAUCAUCCCAAUUUUUUAAAAGAUUUCUACCAUUUUUUUUCAGCUCACAUGCAAAACCAAGCUAUGCAGUGCUUUGUGCUCAGUUCCUUUUCAGAUCUUAGCUUCUAAAUAUAUACUGUUAAUCCCUGUAAUUUUCAUAAUCUAUACUAAGUGAAGUUUGUGGCCAGAUUUUCAAUAAGAUCCUUCACCCAGGUACUGAACUUUAACUUUUCCCUGGUUUUAUAAGUGGCAACUUGCAUUUUUCCAGUUUAGUAGAGCCCAUGGACAAUAACAAAUCUUUACUGUUGUUUUAUUUCAUACAGUGAAGAAUAUGUACAUAUGUUAAUAGUGGCUAAAGACUUUUAAAAUAAAAUGUUCUGUAUUGAUACUCCCACCUUUCCUCAUUCACUCCAUCUCUCCAUGCUGGAACAGAUAUUUAAGUUGCAUUAAAAGAUAGAAGUACUGUAUCUGUCCCCACCAAAUUCCUUUUUGGUCUGCAACUGUGGUGGCUACUGACUCACUACUUCACAACAUGUUCAGUAUGUGUUACAUAAAUGUAAAAGAUUGUAUAAAUUGUAGAGGCAUUGCAUUGGCAAAGUACUGUACAGUUUGCAAAAGUUUUACAUAAUCCAUUUGUGAGAUUAUCUUGUACAGAAUCACACUUUUCAAUGUUAAAACACUGCUUUAGCUUUUCUAUCCAAUUCAAAUGCCAAUUUGUUCUGGUUUUUAAUAUCCCUGAUUCCCAUUAAUGAGGUUAUUUAGUCUUGGGUUUGAUUUUCAUUUAUCAUUAGUGAAUGAAUUGAUUUUUUACAAGUAUUUUUUCUCUUGCUACCAUGCUAGGUAAUGGUAUAUUUUAAUGUAUGGCAAAUAAUAGAAUGCAAAACUAUCUCCCAUUUUGGAAAACAAAAGCAACACAAACUUGAAAAAUACAUUCACUCUGUAUUUUUUCUUUGUGAAAACAGGAAUAUAAUACAUUUUUAAAUCAUCUGCCUGCUGGGAAAGCAAACAUGGCAGUGUUACCUGGACAGUAUGUCCUGAGAGUCAACAAAGAAGUAAUAUGUAUAGGGUAGUGCCAAAUGCCUCCUCUUACUUUCAGUUGUGUACUUAGUUUAAAGCUGAAUAAAUGAAUUGUUUGUAAAA